CAUUUUGUAAGCGGCGGCUUGUGAAUAUUUGCGACUAUUGAAAUUAAUAAAUUUUAAUAUUAAAUACGUGUCUAUAUCUUUGCCAAUAAUUCAAUCAAUAUUAUACUAAAAAAAAUAGUAUAUCAAAGUGUGAUGCUGAUGUCCUAAGCGAGGCUGAAAAGUCAUUUUUUGAGAAAUGUCGCGCUAUGUUGACUGUAAAGUAUACGUAGGUGAUCUGGGGAACAAUGCUAGUAAACCUGAACUUGAAGAUGCAUUUUCCUACUACGGUCCGCUGAGAAAUGUCUGGGUAGCUAGGAAUCCGCCGGGUUUUGCUUUUGUGGAAUUUGAAGAUCCAAGAGAUGCCGAAGAUGCGGUUCGGGGAUUAGACGGGCGCACUAUUUGUGGCCGACGCGCUAGAGUGGAAAUGUCAAACGGUGGUCGUGGGUAUGGAGGCCGGGGUCCGCCGCCGCGUUCCCGCCUCCCGCCCAGGCCAUACGACGACCGUUGCUAUGACUGUGGUGACCGCGGACAUUACGCUAGAGAUUGUACUCGUCGUCGUCGCCGCAGGUUAGGAUUGGCCUGUGCGCCAAGAUUGAACUCUUCAGUGUCUGCACUUCUUAUAGUCUGCGCUACGAAGUUUUUACUUAACGGCGUGUACAACGCUAAUGUUGGCAGCAUCUAACUACGCUCUCUGGCUACGUAACUACAGCCUACGUGCACGCUCCACUUAACGAGAACUACUUUGAGAUAAUGUUUGUCUGCUCGUCGUGACACUCGACUCAUGUAAUCACUGCGUGCACUCAGUGAGUUACACAUUUUAUGUGAUAUGUAUUCUGUUCAAUCAGAAAUUCUGCUGUUAACAGUAACAGAAUUGUCAGUAGAGAUAAA